AUGGCCGAAGAGCAAAACUCCACCCCCUCACAUGCAUCGUCGAAGGGUUUGCGAUCGAUUGAUCCACCUGAGUAUGUCGUCAACCACCCCCCGCCGAUCCGGCGAAACUCGAGUGCGAUGCUGUCCAGAAAGCACACCUUUCCCGCAACCGGCCGGCUCUUGGGACGCCGCUGGCGACGACAUUGGCGUCCCCGGCGACGACAUCCCGACCAUCCGGCGGUUACGGGCACCGGAAAGCCCGAGACCCUCCCAAGGGAUGAGGGGGCUCCGGUGAGUCGAGGAGCGCCAGUCACAUGCUCGGUUGACUCGAUCAUGCGCAAAAUCACGGCGAAGAAGAAGCCGCAACGGAAAUACCCGGAGUUCGACAGCCUGAGCGCAUAUGCGGUUAGCGAUCGAACCGCCGAGAAUCUGCGGAGGGCCGAGACCGAGAGACUCUUAGCCUUCAUCGAAGAGCCAGACCGUCCCUUGGCUUUGGGGUCGACCGUCCUCUUCUCGAAUACGGAGGGCGAUGAAAACGGAUACCGGAAGCUCUCGAGACUGUCAAAUAGUAUAUCGACAGCGCUCUCCCUGUGCCUCCUCGACAAUGAGUGCAUCAACGUCGAGUUCUGCUCUCGCCUUGCCAACCGUGAGCGGCUCCAGAAGCUGGUACAACAGGCUCGAACAGCGGCGAAAUCAACGAGGCCGACUGCUCACGACGCCGAAGUAGACGUAGACGAUGAUCCCUUGGAGCACAAGCUCGAGGCCAUGUUCGAGCUCGUCAACUACAUGUCCGCCAUCCUUGCCAGACUCAUCAGCCAGACAGCAAUGGGAGACUACUGGCUGACCAACGUCAUGGCAGUCCUCGUAGCCAGGGUCACCAAAAUCAAGGUCCUUUUGAUGAAUCUCGCCCUGAGCGCAACGGUCGCUGCUGACGCCGGCGAGGAGGCCCUGGAGAAGACUCGGGAAUCCGGCGAUUUCGCGGCCAGUCUCGCAGACGAGGAGGAGGAGUGCGAGGAAGCCCUGCGGAUCAUCGACGCCAACGCCAAAGAAGGCCUGACAUCGGAAGAGGAGACCGAUGUGGGUUCGUACUGCGUCAAUCAGAACAAGUUCCGGUCCGGAAUCAAUGCUUCGCUGAAGUACAUCCUUCUCUCACUCCGCCUCAUGAACCGAUCUGGGCUUCCCCCGACGAUGUACGAGAUGUGUGUUGUUGUCUAUGAAAUCGGGUUCGAGGGCUUCAGGACCGUUCUGUUCCAGGACAGGGACCUCGAAUACUCGGCCUCAUCCGACCGUGUCAUCCUCAAUACCGCGCAACCGGCCCUGCUCAUCCUGGACCAGACUCUACGCCAUCUCAAGGGGAAGAUACCCCAUCGAGAAAAGGGCCUGGAAAAUGGGCUCGAGACGCUCGUCGAAUGGGCCUAUCUAGAGAAAGCCCCUGACGGCUCCCCCUGCUCACACGCAAGUGGCGUCGACUACUACGAGCUUUCCCGAUCCAUGAGGAGCGUGCGGCUCGGGUGCAUGGCCGACAUCAUCACGGCCAUGGUGCCGCUCAUCACGACGAGCCCCAUCUUCCUCUCCAACUUCUCCAACUUCCGCACCAUGAUCGCGCUCACGGGCGGCGUCGAGGACGUUGUGAGGCCGUUCGCCGAGGGCCAGUUCGGCGCCUUCUGCAGGCUGUACACGAACCAGUUCGAACCCGAGGCCGACGGGCGGGAGAUCCUCCGGCUGUCCGAGGCGUUCCGGGAGCAGCGCUUCUCGCGCUGCCGCCUGCUGACCGAGGGCAAGAGCAAGUGGGGGGCCAAGAUAUGGAACCACCACCACCAAAGCCACGCACCGGCGAGCGCGCGCGAGCCGAGGCAGGAGACGCAGGAGAGGCUGGACGAGCACGCGGAGGACAUGCAGGAGUGGGUGGUGGACGAGACGUCGGUGACCAUCUCGUGUCGGUUCUACGUCUGGAGCAUCAUGAGCGUGGCCGGGAUGUUAGGCGGCGGCGGGCUGGCCAUUGGGUUCACGCUGGGCAACCGGGUGGAGGGCGUCGACCCGUUCAACCUAGCGACGUACACAUGGGUGCUGGCGGCGUUCGUCAUCCUCAUCUGCAAGAGCAUCCUCGUCGAGCACUGGACGUGGAGCGACUUCCUCCGCUGCCGGGUGCGGUGCCGGUCCGUGUCGGAGCUCGCGGCCGCGACGGGCAUCGACGAGCAGCUCGUCAUGGCCAAGCUCCUGCACGACGACUGCGGCGGCACCAUCCUGGUGACGCGGGGCCCGUACAACUCGGUGUUCCGGCGGCGGGCCAAGGACGGCGGCGACGGGUUCUCCAUCGACCGGCCCAUGAGCGCUGAGACGCUGAUGCUCAGCGGCCUGGCGCCGCUCAAGGUGGUGACGCCGCGCGGGCACGCCAUUGUCUGCCUCGACUACCGGCGCGGCACGACGCUCGUCGUCGUCGAGCACCAGGGCAGGCAGGACAAUGCCCGGCUCGUGUGCGAGGACCUCGGCCGCGUGCUGCCGCGCGACAAGAAGCACAUCCCCGCUGCGGACGGUGGCUGGAAGACCGGACCGGCGCCCGUGAGGCUGCGCCUGGCCGAGGUGGAGAACUUCAAGUGGAAGCGGGUCCAGGGGCUAUAUGCGUUUAAUGGGGUGGAUAUUGUUUUCGAGUAG